AUGCGAUGGGUUAUAUUGUGGUUCAGUUGGUUUUACUCGGUUUACACUACCGGCACCAACUCUACCCUUCCAAUUGAUAUCCAACAAGGUGUCACCCGACUGAAACACCAACUUGAGAAAGGAUCAAUCCCCGCUAAACUCAUUCCAUUUAUCAAUUUAACCGCUGUGGAAGAAGGGAAAACUGCACACAAUGGAAGUCUCACAUUUAUAGUUGAUGAUAAAAAAGAAGAAGAGGAAGAUGGGGAUGUCAAUCAAAAUAUCAAUAAACCUCCUGUUCUGAAUAUCAACGAAAUGACUCAUGACGGCAAUAAAACUAUUGUUAAAAUAUCAGAAGAAGCUACCUAUCAACUUAUUCAAAAAUGGGUGGAUCAAGCCGCUUCUGGGUUCAUGUCAGCUUUGAUGAGUACCAAACUUCAAGACAAACGACUGAAACCUCGUCACAUCUCCCAACACAACAACUGCACGAAGAUUGCAUCUAAUGUCACAGAGCAUGCCAGAUGUGUAGUGAUAAUACUCAAUCGGUUAGACGAUCAGAGAAGAAAAAUGAGAAAGUACAAAAAAUUAAAGUUUCGAAGAUCUCGAUUCAGAAGAUCUCUAAGAGUUCGAAGGGAUAUUAUGCAUAGUCUGACAGAGGAAAAAGAAUUAGUGAUACAACAAAAAAAGAGAUAUGAGUUGAAAGGGAAGAAGGAGAUGACGUCACCGUUCUCUUUGAUAGCGAAGCAUCUGACCAAUUUGGUGAGAGAAAAGAAGAAUAAGGAGAAGGAACCGAAGAAAAAGUGGCAGACAGUUGUGAAUGAGAUCAAGGAUGAGUUGGAUCGAAUCAAGAAGAAGAAGAAGGAUCGAGAAGAUUUCAAAAAUAUAUUUUCCAAGUACUCGAGAACUAUGAAGAUGUUGGGAUUGGAUCCGAAGCUUGCUUUCGAACGAGCGGGCAUGGAAUCUCUCGGUGAAGAGAUCUCAUCUGCCAACGACACCGGGAAACUGAGCGAAGAAGAGAAGGCACUGAAGAAACCGUUGAUGUUGAUUAGGGACGGUGUGAAGUUGGGAAUGAUGUUGAUGGGUAAAAAUGUGUCAAAUUUCGAUGAGCGAAAGAUUGCAUUGAUGUCUCCACAAUUCAUGAGUGUCCUACCCGAUGAACGAUCUAAUGAUACAGUGAAUCUACUCUCUCCAUCUGUCUUCGCUCUUCAUGAAAACGGAACAGAACUCGAUCAAAUGCUCUCACUAUCCAAAGCGAUGAGGUUCUUAUCUGAAAAUGGGCAUGACGAGUGGAUGAAUUUUGUUCUGGAAGCUUCUGGAGUUACAGAGGCUGUCGAGAAAAUGAGGCAUGAUGAGAGAAAAGAAGAAAUGGAUGCGUUCCGGAAGCAUUUUUCAAACGAAAAGGGUCAACCAAUGUACUUCACAAAACAGAAUGUAUCCGAGAUGUACGGAGAGUAUGAGACUUCGAAAAUUGAUUCGAUGGAGGCAUUGCAUAAGUCAAUGUCUGCAGCUCAGAUGCACGAAAUGAACACAACAGGCUAUGCAAUAAUGACGUCAUAUCAAAUAUCUCAAUUCUACGGACCGGGCUCUCCAUACAACGAUUCGCAUGCUUAUAACAAUUACAGGGAUUUGCGAAGAAAUGAUAUUCCUGACAUUUUGGAGAAUAAUAUUCAUAGAAUGGCAAGAGAGGAGCAGGCGUUCAAAGUGGCAAGACAGAAAGACGUGGUCCUGAGUCCUCUCCUCUUCACCUGGAUCGUCCUCGCUCCGAAGACAGCAUCUCAACCGAUCAUCCUCUCCCCUCUAGUCUUCUCUCCUCUCAUCCUCUCCCCCUCUGCUCUCGGUCCCCUAAUCCUCUCCCCCUGGAUCUUCUCCCCUCUGAUUCUCUCCCCUCGAGUCCUUGCUCCAAUCAUUUUAUCUCCAACUAUUUUCAGUCCAAUCAUCCUUUCCCCUCUAGCUCUCUCUCCUUUGAUCCUCUCUCCAGCUGUUGCUGACCCCCUUAUCCUUUCUCCUUUCGUCUUGACCCCCUUCAUUCUGAGUCCUCUUGUUAUGGUUCCUUUGAUUCUCAACCCAUUCUGCUUAUCCCCAUUACUAGGUGUCCCUAACACUUUGUCUCCAUUAAUUCUAUCUCCAUUUGUGUUGUCUCCAUUCGUACUCUCACCCCCGUUUGUCAAUGCUUUCGUGUUAUCUCCGUACGUUUUAUCACCAAUUGUACUCUCUGAUGGACUUCUGUUCACCGCCGUUCUGUCUCCAUCGUUUUUGAGUUCUCUUUAA